AUGUUGCUAAAUGGUAACAGCCCUGUUUAUGACAAUGAAACAGUGUAUUUCUUCACGUCUGUUAAUGAUGCUACACCACACAUAGUUGUUGGUGCGAAGGAAUUCAAACAAUUAAACUUGAUGGAAUUUAAAACAAAUUUUGAAAAACUUUUAGACGAACAAGAUCCUUAUAUUGCCAGGUUUUACUAUUUGGAUGAUUCCAAGAAAGAAAUCGUCAAUAUUGCGAAUGAUGAUUGUUUGAAGGAGAUGUGGCAAUACUUUGACACCACAAAACAACAGAAAAAGAUUUUCUUUGAUUAUGAAACGAGAUUCAUAUUAAAUUAUUUACAGAUAUUAGGAUACGGAGAUUUAAAGUCAUAUGGAAAGGGUCAAAGAAGUCACUUAUACACAGCCCUAUGGAAAGGAAAAAAAGUAGUGAUAAAGAUUACCAAAGGUCCGAAAAAGGAGGUCAAGAGAGAGGUUGAGAAAGUAAUGUUGUUAGAAAAUUGCUCAAACAUUAUUAGUUAUGAACGUGCCAUUGAGUUUAUGGAUGCAUAUGAUAAGGAUUUUCAAUCCUACAUGGGUUAUCAUAUGGUUUUCUAUCCAAAUGGUGACUUGUCAAAUAUUCCAAAGCCAUUAAGUGAAAUAUCCUUUUUGAUAAUUGCAAUGAGAAUGGCCUCCAUUAUAGAAUAUUUACAGCAAAUGGAGCAUGUACAUUAUGAUUUGAAGCUAAGUAACUUUCUGAUUGGAUCGAAAGUUAUAAGAGGGUACGAUGUAAUUUACGAUCCAAUUCUAAUUGAUCUGGAAUAUGCUGCGUCUUUGACCUCCUUAAUUAAAUCAAAAGAAACCCUCACCAAAUCAAAAAUUCAAAAUCAAGCAUUUGCUGAAGAUUUGAAAAAUUUUGGGGAUUGCUUAUUGGAACUUUAUUCCCACGGAGAAAAUUGGAAAUAUCAAAACGAACUGAAAGAAUUAAUCAACAAAAUUCAAGAAGAAUCUUCAAAAGAGAUACCUUUAAAUAUUACUGAGAUUCUCAAGAGCUUUACAAUCAUGGCCUUUACAAUUAGACCAGAAUUUGCGUUAGAGUAUAACUCCUUUUCCUUAGCAAAUAACAAGAAUUUUAUGCAGAAAUUAAUUGAGAUCAAUCCAAUUGCUUUCAAGUUUGCUCAUGAAACUCUUAGAAAAGAGCAAGAGUUCGUUGAAAUGGUUUUGGAAAAAGAUGUACACCUUUUGAAAUAUGUUCAUUCUGAUUUAACAAGUAAGACUGAAUUUAUGGAAAAGUAUAUUCGAAAAGAUGGGCUAUUACUACAGUAUGCUGCUGAACACUUGAAAUGGAACAAGGAUUUUGUAAAGAUAGCAACAGAUGAAACAGCUUGCGCCAUCAUGCAUGUUACAAACAAAUUUGAUGGAUAUAUAGACCUACUCAAAGAAUGCUUGAAGAGAAAUCCCCACCUUCUAGAAUAUGCUUUAGAAAAAACAAUAGAUAUUGUAUUAUGUGCUGUUUCUCAAGAUCCAAUCACUAUUGGAUAUGCCACAACCUUCAAGAAUCAUCCUGAAAUCCAACAAGCAGCAAAAGAUUUUUACUGUAGAAGGAAACACAAAAGAAACGAUACAAAUAUCUUAAACACAUCAACUCCCUCAACACCAACACUCCCAGAAAACAAAAAACAAAGAAUUUCUAGAAGAAAUUACACUCCAUUGACAGUUUUUGGAUCCAUCAAAACAUUAAAUUAUCACCAAUGUAUUAAAUCCAUGAUGAUUCAACCUCUUGAUGACCAAUUCCAUAACAAAAUGUCAUUCCGACACCUGCAAUCCAAUUCCCAUCAGAGAUAUGUUAAACAAACCUAUUCUCUCGAUAUGCCUGUUGUAAAUGCUCAACAAGCUACUGUUGAAUUAUUGGAUUUGGAUAAUUUUGAUUCGGAAAGUGCAGAACUCUUUAAAACACCAUGUUUAUUUAUUAAUUCAAAUUAUGAAAGCGCCUUUCCUACUUGCUCAAUUAGAGCCAAUGCCAUCUUGCCACUUUGUUUGGAUUUUAUUGAAGAGAUUAACUUUCCUUUGUGGAAUACGGAGUCCAUGUUAUCAAUGCAAGCCAGUUAUGGACAAGAUAAAAAAGCCCAAUCCAUUCGUGUAGUUAUUAACAGACAUAAAUAUUUGGAAUUUGUAAAGAGAACUUUGUCUAGUUUGGAAUCAAGACUUUCCAUUAUUAAAUCAGAAGCUGCUGGAUUGGAAUCUCAAAAUAUUGAUAAUAUUAUUGAUGGAAUGAAGGCACAAAUCAAAGAAUAUGAAGAGUGCAUGACUUCACAAGAUCAAGAGCCUGAAGUUAAGAGUGCUGUUUAUGAAACUGUCUUUUUCAGUGUUAAUAAUGAAGCAAUCUUUAAGAAGGUUAUCAAACAAAUGUGGAAACAACAAAAGGAGAGUGUUGAUAAGGACUUGACUCAAUCUGACCUUACCUGUAAGACAAGUGAGGGUCAUGAAAUCACAAUCAAUUCCUCUAGAAGUGAUUUAUGGGAAAAGAUCAAUGAUGUUUUCAUUAUUGAAGAAUUUGAUGGUCAAGGACAUGUUUCAAGAUAUUUCGAGCGAGAUAACAAAAUUACCAAACUAGAAAUUGAACAUAUUCGAUCCAAUGUUCAGCCAAUUAUGCAAUCAUAUAAUACCAAAUUAUUAAGGGAGAAUUCAUGUCUCGAUUUGCUAGAUCUCUAUCAUGGAGUCCUGUACUGCCAAAGUGGCGGCGAACCAUCCUCAACAUCAUCAUUCAACGAAUCCAACAACAAUAUGAUGAAUCCUUCAAUGUUAAUGAUGGAAUCAGCAACUACCACUUCCUCAUUGCAUCCUUCAGCAUCCACCCUAACGUUUAGUAGCUCAUCCAGUAGUGAUGAAUCAACCAAUAAUCAACACCUUGCCAAUCUCCUUUCCAAUCUGAUGAACCUUAAUCAACCAUCUCCAGUCAGCCUUCUCCUUGAUAACCUCACUAAUAACGCAUCAAAUUCCUCCACUCUUCAAUCAACAUUUCCACAUGUACAAUAUUCAACUCCCUCCACUAACAAGAUGGCAAACAAGAUGCAUCCUUCCGAAUCACAUUCCGUUGUCGAUUCAUUCAAUUCGAAUCAUCAUAUUCUUGAAGACGAGUUUAAUAUGCUCUAUCCAAUACCGUCAUCCUCUUCCACAUGUCAAGAAGUGAACAAUAACAUCCAUAAUGAUAGUGAUUCUCUCCUGAAAUCAUUCAAUGAUCAAACAUGGUCUUGCAUGGAUUUUGAAACCAAAAAUUCAGCUCCCCUUAUUAAAGCAAUAUCUCCCUCAAUGUUUAAGGAUUUCAUGCACGAUGAUCAAGGAAGUAACCAUAUCAAAAACAGCAAUAUUUCGUUGAAAGAUGCAACAAUUUCAGAUCUAUUUCAAUCUAAUUCUCAUCAAUCAACUACAGCUGAUGAAAGUCCAAAUAUUUUCUCCAUGUAUGGCAUAUCUUCACUCUCUGAAAUGCAAACCUCUGAAUUGAUCACUCCAUUAGAAUAUUCGAAUAAUAACUUGCUUGAAAAGCAACAAAUCGUAGAGUACUAUUCAUCUCUUCUGCAAUCAAGAUUUCAACAAGUAUUUGGAAAUGCAAUAAGCGAAGAUGUUUACAAUAGCCAGUUAACUACACAACAAUUUGUAUAUUAUGAUAGUUCACAAUUGACAAGCGAGCAAUAUAGAAAACCACUAAAUCUCAAGCUAGAUCUCUCAGAUGCUGAAAUAGAAAUAAUGAGAUCACUAUUUGGAAAGCAAACUAUCCCAACAGGAACUUUGAAUCGAAAAUGCAUUCAAGCAUCGAGAAAGAACUCUGUUUGCUCUUCAGGAUCGAUUGGAAAGCAAAUAACUAAAGCAAGCAAGACAAAAGGAUCUCCAUCUCGAAAGGGAAGAAAAUGUCAACCAGUUCCAAACAACUUUUCUCCACUUAAUGAAGAAACAGGCAAUUGGAGAUUUUUCUCAUACAAUGGUGAUGUCAAAGAACCUUUUAGUUUAGAUCAAGAAUCUCCUUCAAAAUUAGUUUUUUACAAAUUUAACCCAGUCAAAUAA